GUUGCUCUGCUGGACAUAGAUAUCUGCGGGCCAUCGAUUCCUAAAAUGAUGGGGCUGGAAGGAGAACAGGUUCAUCAGAGUGGAUCUGGAUGGUCUCCAGUGUAUGUUGAAGAAAACUUAGGUGUCAUGUCUGUGGGGUUCCUGCUCAGUAGCCCUGAUGAUGCUGUCAUCUGGAGAGGACCAAAAAAAAAUGGGCUGAUCAAACAGUUCCUUCGUGACGUGGACUGGGGUGAAAUCGACUACCUGAUUGUGGAUACACCCCCAGGGACAUCAGAUGAGCACCUGUCUAUUGUGCAGUACCUCAGUGCCACACAUGUAGAUGGUGCUGUCAUAGUCACUACCCCUCAGGAAGUGUCACUUCAGGAUGUUCGGAAGGAGAUAAACUUCUGCCACAAAGUGAAGCUGCCCAUCAUAGGUGUUGUGGAAAACAUGAGUGGCUUUGUGUGUCCAAAGUGUAAGAAAGAAUCUCAGAUCUUUCCCCCAACUACUGGUGGUGCAGAGAAGAUGUGCCAGAACUUGAAUAUUUCCCUCCUGGGUAAAGUGCCUCUAGAUCCACAAAUAGGAAAGAGUUGUGACAGAGGCCAGUCUUUCCUGGCUGAAGCACCUGAGUCUCCAGCUACAUUGUCUUACAGGAACAUCAUUCAAAGAAUUCAGGAAUAUUGUGAACAACACCAAGAAAAGAUUAUCUAAGCUGUGAGUGGAGUAAAAAUAGUUCAUGUUUAAUUAUAGAAACGUAACUUAUGCCUUGAUUUAAUAGAAGGAAUGUAUUCUUUUUGUAUAUUACAAAUAAAUUCUUAAUAUAA